AUGGAACCGGAUCUUCCUACAAAGCCUACUCAUAGCCAUCUUCCUGUUACGCUCCUAACUCUUCUCUCCAAUACCCUUAUUCUCUACCAAACUGCUCCGUAUCUUCCUGUUUCGUCUUUACUAUCGUUGAGUGCAACCUCCAGACCCUUCAAAUCUCUUAUACAAGAAACCCGUGGUGUUUUCAGACAUCUUGACCUUGGCCAGAUCAAAUCCGCACAAUUCCAAAUAGCUGCCAUUGAUCACGGAGGGGAGGUGUGGCGAAAUGCCCAAUUAGAUGAGAAUGUUACCGAAGACGAUGGACCUUUGCUUGGGGUUUUUAGUAACCUUCGACGACAUCAAAUCCUUCAGGAUGUCCAGACGUUGCUCCUCGACGGUUUAUCUGUAACUGCAGACUUAAUCACUGAAAUUAUUUGCCGAGACUCGUUCAAUGUUCGCAUACUAUCGAUUCGUGAGGUGCAAAACCUCAACGAGAGAAAGCUGCAACAGGCCCUACUGUACGCCAUUCGACCCUCGAGGCCUUCUGGUACACUGAAACUCGAAGCCUUGUACUUCUUUGGACCAAAAGACGCUCUACCUGUAUCCCGCUUCCGUAAACAUGUCAAUAGCUACCCUCAAGGUAUAGCUCCAAUUGAUACCGUGCCAUCCUAUGGAGGGGUCAUUCAUUCGCAGGGGGCGCAGAUAGGAGCUAGAUGGAAUGAGAAGUCUGGAGACACACUUGCAGAUGAGAUAGAGCGAAGCGGUGAUAAGUGGUACCAAAAGAGCGGCAAAGUCAUCUUGAAGCAACCAUCGUUGGAAUGGGCGGAAACCCUGCAGGCUUGUCAGGGAAUCAUUAGCUUCGAUGCCGUUCUCUGUAGAGGUCCUCGCCACUCCGAGUCCGUGGCCAUCGGGAAAGAUUUACCAUCUGGUCAUUGGUACCAGCACCAAGACGCACGCUUAUCACCUCGCAUUGCAACACAUGCUAUCGAGGGCUGUUGCGUAUGCGGUACUUCUCCUGAAGGGUUCUCGUACUUCGGGACAUCGCCUAUGGAGCAGUUCCCUCUGUUGGCCCCUCCACCCCUUCUUACUUCUACGGCCAAGUCAGCAAAGGCACCUACACGCGCAGAUACUCUGAGCAAAAAGCUUCUCGUGCGAUGUCUUGAUUGUCUACGUAACCGUUUUUGUGAAAGCUGUCACAAGUGGUGGUGUGAAGACUGCUAUGAAGUUCCAACUCUGAUACCUCACUUAUCAACCCCAGUUCAAUCUUCGGAAUUCAUCGCUAGCACACUGGGAGCACAGCCGGAUAAUAAAGUCAAGGUACAUAUGGGUCUUUGUGUUGAAAGCUGUCUCGUAGCGGAAAUGAUGUCUGGUGCUGGCAGUAAUGGCAUGUGGGGUUAA